ACUCUAAUAUUUGGCAAAAAAAAAAAAAAAAGAACAAAAAAAAAACUAGAUCUUCGUUCGGCAACAACAAAUUAUUGAACAUGUGCGCUCCAUGCCGUGUCCACUGUUGUACCUUGCACACCGGCUGCUGUCGACCCCCACUGGAGAAACUGCGACCCGUGGACAGCUAUAAAUGGUUCCAGCAUUGCGAAGAGCACAAUUGCAGGAACUGCAAAAAGAAUUCCACAGAUGAGGACGAUGGGUAUACCUCCGAUUGCGAUUGCAUUUGCCGGCGCAAUCGUCACAUUAUUGAGGCCCUUAGCUGCCUAUUCAAAUGCUCCGUACAGUAUAUGGUAUCGCUGCUUUUCAAAUUGGCCUAUCAGCAAGUGCAGCCACUGCAGCGCUUUCCGCGCGAUCGUGUCUGGGAUGUGAUGGAGCAUGUCAAAGCGCCAUAUACGGAGCUUAACGAUUUGGAGAUCUACGAUAGCAUGUACGAUCGGUGUGGGCAACCCAUCGAUCCGCUGGACGCGGAUAACAUAAACAAGAUAGUCCGGCUGAUGUUUCUAAGGGAAGUGCUUACCUCCGAUCAGCGUAAGUAUCUGAUGCGUCUGCUCCGGCAACUCAACGAGCAUGCAUUUUGCCCGGUGCAUCUGGAUCUGCUGCUCCAGACACUCCAGACAAUUGACUUGAAUAAGCUCGUUUGCGGUAUACGCCAUCAGGAACAGCUCUCGCGUCGCCUCUACACUGUACGGCAGUGCCAGUCUAUAUGUAAGCUAUACAAUAGGGUUAGCACGGUCGAUAAGCGUAUGGUUGCGCAGAAUCGCAAGAAGCGUCGCCGCAAAUUGAAAAUGUCCGGCACUGAUGCGCAGACUGAAGAGAUAAACAAUGCCCGACAAUCCGUAUUGAAUCGACAGUUUUGUGAACGAAAACCCGCCGACAAUGUCUCUGACGUCACACCGCCACGUAGCACCAUCCAUCGCGCUUCAGGAUCGAAGCGUUACUCUAGUACGAUUAGCAAGCGCCUUAGCAAACGGAAUCGCCAAAGCACUCUCAAGAUGUAACAUUCAAUGAUACGAAUUCAUAAUUUGGCAACAUUUGAAUCUGUUGCACAGAACAGAACAGAGAAAGAAGCCCACUACUGUAGUACUCAACCCACACACAUACG